AUGGUUGGAUUCGGAGGAGUAACGACAUCACACGAUGACGAUGAACAUAAUGAACACGAGUCGAGACGCUGGAGAGGUCGCAAAGGUGUUCGCGGACCAUCAUGGUUACGAAUGCCGCUGCUCACCAUCGGUUUGCUGGGCACGCAGAUUGUCUGGAGCACCGAAAUGGGCUAUGCAUCGCCGUAUCUACUCUCUCUGGGACUCUCAAAAUCGUGGAUGUCCAUGGUCUUUGUCGCUGGUCCACUUUCUGGUCUAUUCGUACAACCACUCAUCGGUGUCUUAGCCGACCACUCGACGUCCAAAUGGGGGAGAAGAAGACCGUACAUGAUUAGCGGAUCCAUUCUCUGCGCGAUAUCUAUGCUCCUCCUAGGCUUUACGAAGAAUGUCGUUGGAUGGAUUCUUUCCCCCGACUCACCUGCCUUCAAGGGAGUUACCAUUGCAUUGGCCGUGCUCGCCAUCUACUGCAUAGAUUUCACAAUCAACGCCGUCCAAGCGGUGGAUAGAGCGCUAUUAGUUGACACGCUACCUAUGGACUUGCAAGAACGAGGGCAAGCGUGGGCGGGGAGAAUGUUGAGCGUCGGAAGCGUAGUUGGUUUCUGGGUCGGCAACCGUUCUCUCACUACAAUAUUCCCCUACCUCGGUCAUACCCAACUUCAAGUCCUCUGCGUCCUCACCUCUGGCCUCCUCCUUGUCGCCCACUUUAUCACCGCCAUCUCCGUUCGCGAACGCGUUUUGCUUCCAGAGGGAAUGCACCAAGAUACCACCACAACAACUGAAGACGGCGGGCGACCAGGAUGGCGAACAUUCGCAGUCAAACACCAACAAAAGAAAGUUGGCGUAUUCUCAGCAUUCAAAGACAUUUGGAUCAACGUCAAAAUCUUGCCACCCAACAUCCGCAAAAUCUGCAUGAUCCAGUUCUUCUCUUGGAUCGGAUGGUUCCCAGUCCUCUUCUUUAGCACUGUCUACGUCGGCGAAGUAUACACUCUCCAAAACGGAACAGGAGAAAAUAAAGAAGCGACGGCCGAAGCCGCCACGCUCGUCGGCGCAGGGGCGCUCCUCGACUCAUCUCUCCUUAGCCUGGGUACACUCAUCCUCCUACCGGCCAUCGUAGGCUAUUUCAAAAAACGAAGUCCAAGGCGGAUUGGGUUCUAUCUCGGUCUUGCGGAGAUUUGGAUCUUUUCGCUUUUGCUCUUUGCACUGUGUAUGGGUGCGACGUUGUUUACGUCUGAUUCGGUUGAUGGGUCUGUGGCGGUGAUUGCACUUACGGGGUUUUGCUUUGCGGUGAGCAUGUGGGUGCCGUUUAGCUUGCUCGCAGAACAAAUCUCGAGUGAUGGAAAGGCGAGUCGUGGUGGUGGUGGUGCUGGAGAAGGUGGAGAGUAUCAGGCUAUCCCGCAUGAUGGCGACGAGUCAAUUCCGAUGCACCAGCAGGAUACCCGUCUUCAAGAUGACGAGACGCCGAGGUCUGGUGGGCUUGUUUUCGAUGCUGGUGAAGAGUCUGCGGCUGUUACGGGUGGUGGGAGGCAGGACGCGGAUGAGAGGACGUUGGUGGAUGGUGAUGGAGAGGAACGCGCGCGGUUGCUCGAGCGUGCGCGGAGGGAUGACCUCGAAGAAGAACAGAGGUUGAUUAAGGAUCUUGAGCGGACCGAGUAUGCUACGGAUACGCCAUUCCCUGAUGGGAGCGCUGCUGGUGGCAGCGGGGGGGUAUCUCAGCGAGUCGCGGCGGUGGCGAAGGAGAGCAUACAUGAAAAGGCUGGCAUCAUUCUGGGUAUCCACAACGUCGCCAUUGUCGUUCCCCAAUUCCUCGUCACGGCGCUCUCGUCCAUCAUCUUCGCCCUCUACGAACCCGUCUCUGGUGUUCAACCAGGUGCGGGCCAUGCCGGUGCUGGAGUCGGCGCCCCAGCCGCAGCCGCAGCCGCCGUUCCGACAUCGGACGACAGUCUGUUCGCCGACAUGGACAUUGGCUUUGACGAAAAGAACAGCCGACUGCUCGCACGCGCCAUCACGCGCUUAUCGUCUUCGCUCGUGAAACGAACACCCACACACUUACUACCGGGGCUCAUCAAGCGAUUGCCCGGCUCGCCAGAGGACGAUUCGGCCAACCCCGCUGGUCUCGCACUCAUCUUUCGAAUUGCUGCGAGAAAGGGCUUCAAGAUGUAUGCAUUGACGGAGCACUGUCCGCGAUACUGCGAUUCAGAUCUCUACCCUGAGGAGAUAGAGGCCAAGGUAUCUCUACAAGACCUCGAAGAGACCUUUGCAAAGUUUAUCGCCGAAGGGACGCGUCUGAGGGACCUGUAUGCCAGCAACGAAAGUGGGAUGGAGAUUCUGAUUGGACUAGAGACAGAGUGUCUACGUACCGAGGAUCUCGACAAACUCGAGCAGCUCAUCAACAAGUACAACGCAGACAUCGACUUCAUAGUGGGAAGCGUACACCAUGCCGACGAACAUCCGAUUGAUUUCAGCAAAGAAAGGUUUGAAGACGCCAUCACCAGUUUCCAAACUCAACUGCCCGAGCCCUCGACAGACACCCAAUCUGAAGACUUCCGACAGGGUGCGCUCUCAAAACUACUCGAGAGCUACUUUACGUCUCAACGCACUCUCAUGGAGCGACUACGCCCACAAGUCAUUGGCCAUUUCUCCCUCCCACUCCUCUUUACACCGCAAACGCGGCUCGCGUCGCAUCCUCGUGCGCUUCAGCUUGCAAAAGCCAAUAUCGAGUUUGGCGUCUCGUAUGGCGCGUUAUUUGAACUCUCCUCGGCGCCGUUUAGAAAAGGUUGGGACGAAGGCUGGCCGGGCGAAGAGGCGGUGAAGAUGGUUCUGGACAUGGGAGGAAAGUUCUGCCUAAGUGACGACGCUCACAAGGUUGAACAAGUCGGGCUAAACUAUCACCGACUACUCGCUUGGAUUCAGCAAAUGGGGAUUCCAGAGGAAAGAAUAUGCCGCCUUGAACGGGGAGAAAACGGAAUAGUCAAGUCGUAG